AGGGUCGCAUCGUGCAAUCCUAAACCAUCACGCCUUCCCACGCCAGAAACGAGAGUAAUAAACAAUGAAUAAUCCAGAGUUGUAUACCAAUGUAAACGCAUUGCAAAAACGUGAUGCACAAGAGGUCUUAGAAGAGGUGAAAGACCUAUUACCAUGGUCUAUUGGGGAAAAUGUACUUGAUGUAGGCUGUGGACCUGGUGACCUAACAACCUCUCUACUCACUUCUUAUCUGGCUAAUGACUAUCGAGUAGUUGGUUGUGAUAUUUCUGAAGCAAUGGUUAAAUAUGCUCAGGCAAAAUAUGGAAACGAUCAAUUUUGUUUCAAACAGCUUGAUAUCAGCAAUGGAAACAUCUGGAUGAACUGGGAAGAGGAAAUUUUUGAUAAAGUAUUUUCAUUUUACUGCUUGCACUGGGUCAAAGAUCAAAUGCAAGCUGCUGAAAACAUUUAUAGUUUGUUGAAAGAUGGUGGUUACUUUGUCACCAUGUUUACCAUAUCUCAUCCAUUCCUUAUAUUAUUUAGCAGGCUUAAGGAGAAUCCUAAAUGGCAACCAUAUACAAAGAUUUGGAAGACUUGGGAUGCUUUUCAUAACUCAAGAAGGGAUCCAAAAGAAGAAUAUAUUCAAAUAUUAAAAGAAACUGGAUUUCAAGUUAUCAAAUGCAUUACAAGAGAAACCAGUUUUGUUCAUCCUUCAACCAAAGCAUUCAUAGAAUACUUUGAAUCAAUAAAUCCAUUCAAAAAGAGGCUGCCUAAGGAUAAAGGAGAGGAAUUUCUUCAAGAUUGUCAAAAUUUUUUGAUUGAAAUGGGUCUGCUAGAAAUUAAUGAAAAACAAGAAGCAGUUCAUAAAUACACAGUAAUGACAACAGUGGCCAAAAAGGGAUCUAAUUUUGAUUAUUAAACUUGCAUAAGUCUUAAUUUUAAUAAAUUAAAAACUUAAUUUUGUGCAUGUAAUUCACGUAUUACAUGAAAAAAUUAAGUUUUUAAUUCGUGGUAUAAAAAUUGAUUAAUAAGUUGUUUUGGUGCUUGUAUGUUAUAUGCCCAUUUAAUUCUAAUUUUGUAAUUUAUAUUAAAAUCAAUUAAAGUUAAGAUAAUGUUAAAAUUUAAUUUAAAAAAUAACAAAUAGAUGUUAAAGUUACUUUAUUUCAAAAUAUAAUAGCAUUAUAACAAAAUGAUUAUUUAUAAACUAUAAAAGUUAGAGCUUCUUGCAGGUUAGCUUAAGAGAAAUAAACAAACAUCUAACAAUUUUUUGACUAGAGCUAAAAUAAUUACUAACAGAAAAAAUUUAUUUAAAUAAUUAUGAA